CAUUUCUGAGAUUCCUCUUUCGCCCAAUUUUCAUCCUUCUCUUUCCCUUGUCGACCGUACAAAUCCUUUUUUUCCUUUCUUAAUUGGUUUUUUUCCUGUAUUUUUUCAUUCUAUGUGUUGGGGAAGAUGAGUUGAUUAUUAUUUAAGCUCUGUAUUUGAAUCAAGGUUUUGAAUUGGAUUUUUUGUUUUUCUUAUAGAGGGGAUUAUGAUCUAUUAGUCUGAAGUUUGCUUUAUUGAAUUUUGCUUCCGAUUUUCGGGGAGCAUUUUGGAUUCUGAUCUAAUGCUUAAUUAGUUGAAGAAUUGAUGCAUUUUAGCUUAGGAACUAGAAGGUGGGGUUUGAAUUGAUGAGUGUAUUGUGAGCGGUUGAUGGUCAUUAUUUAGUCGAAAAGAAGGGUUGAUCUUGUUUAAUGUCUUGGGAGGAAUAUGGCUGGUGAUAGUGAUAAUUCUCCUCAAUUUAGUGAUCUAGGAGGUGAUUGUAGUGAGGAUAGUGGUGAGGUUUCUGUGGUGAAAGACGAAAGUUUGGAAAAUGAGGAUGAGUCGAAGCAAAUGCUGAAUCGUAAACCACCGCGCCAUUCGAUGAGCACUGCUGCAAAUUUGAUGGAUCUUAAUCUUGGAGGGGUUGUUGGAACGAAAUCACCUACAGAGAUAAAAUCGAGCUUCCUACCAGUUCUUCGGUCUGGAAGCUGCGCUGAGAAAGGACCGAAGCCAUCUAUGGAGGAUUUACAUAUCUGCAUAGAUAACUUGCCUCAGUAUUUAGGCGAAGUUGCAGAUAUCCCUUCGCCUGGAGCUUUUUACGGGGUAUUUGAUGGCCAUGGAGGUAUAGACGCUGCAUUCUUCGUCAGGGAGAAGCUUCUUAAAUUCAUCGUUGAAGAUUCGUUCUUCCCUGUUUGUCUGGAAAAAGCAAUCAAGAGCGCGUUCCUCAGAACAGAUUAUACAUUUUCUGAUGAUAGUUCCCUCGACAUAUCAUCUGGCACCACAGUGUUGACUGCGUUCAUAUCCGGAAGAAAACUGAUAGUUGCCAAUGCGGGAGAUUGUCGAGCUGUGCUGGGCAAACGCGGUAGGGCCAUUGAAAUGUCGAAAGACCACAAGCCUAACUGCAAAUCCGAAAAAAUUAGAAUCGAGAAGCUAGGCGGAGCUAUAUACGAUGGCUACCUCAACGGCCAGCUAUCCGUGUCGCGCGCCUUGGGUGACUGGCACAUGAAAAGGCCGAAAGGGUCGGCCUCUCCAUUGAGCGCAGAGCCAGAGCUGCAGGACAUGCUGCUUGGGGAAGACGACGAGUUCUUGAUCCUAGGGUGCGACGGCCUGUGGGAGGUGAUGAGCAGCCAGUGCGCGGUCACGAUGGCCCGGAAAGAGCUGAUGAUGCACAACGAUCCCGAGCGGUGCUCGAGGGAACUGGUCCGGGAGGCGCUGAAACGAGACACGUGCGAUAACCUGACCGUCGUUGUUAUAUGCUUCUCGCCCGACCCGCCUCCUCGGAUUGAGAUCGCCCCCUCCCGAGUGCGGCGGAGCAUAUCGGCAGAAGGGCUGAAUCUUCUCAAGGGAGCUCUGGAAGGCAACUUGUGAGUGAAAAUGGAGUUUGGGUGAUUGAUUCAUGGGGUUUUGGUUCCUUAGACAAUUUCUGCCACUGAAGUGUUGUAUUAAUGGGAUGAGUUUUACCACUAUUUUUUUAGCUGGUAAAAGAUGAUUUCUCCUGUUGUACCUUAGCUUAAAGCCAUGUUUCCCUAGAUCGAUCAAAUUUGUCUUAGUCAUAUAUAUUUAUUUGUUCUAUA